AUGUCUACAAGUGCUGCGCCGAGUCUUACGAGCUUCUUAGCAAGCAGCAAGCGAGACUUCCUCGCGCAACUCAAGACGCGUCAGGGGCUCGAUCAGUGGACGCUCGCUACAGGCAAUGAAGCAGGAGAUCUAGAUUCCAUCGCAUCUGCAGUCGGCUUUGCCUACCUGGCUUCUCAGAGAGGCAGCAAGCGAAAGUAUGCUGCUCUGUGCAGGACGAACGUCAGAGACCACUACCUCCGUCCGGAAAAUGUCUGGGCACUCGAACAGGUCGGCUUGGAUCCUGCAGAGCAUCUCAUCUCGCUCGAGGAGCUGCCACAACCCAUAGACAGCCUCGGCGUACAAUUUGCGCUCGUCGAUCACAACAAACUCGGUGCAGAGUUUGGCGGCAGCGCCGUAGAAGCUAUAAUAGAUCAUCACGACGACGAAGGACUGUACAAGUCAGCUUCGCCACGUGACAUACAGAUACCCACCGGCUCGUGCUCCUCGCUCAUUGCACGACAUUUCAGAAGCGAAACGAUACCCAUGCAGCUGGCUGAUCUGCUCAUCUCUGCCAUCUUGAUCGACACGAACAACCUCAAACCUGCACCGGAGGGUAAAGCCGUCGGAACAGACCGCGAGGCGAUGGAGCUACUCGCGCCUCUCUCUUCGCUCUCUGGAGCUGUAGCACUCCAUGGUAAGGUGUUUGCGCAGUCGCUCGAAGUCAGCGCAGCGUUGAGUGAUCGCAAUCGGCGACUCAAAGCAGAGAAGAACAACAUCAACUCACUGAGCACACGUGAUCUGCUACGGCGAGACUACAAAGAGUACGAGUCGGAUCAGGGCUGGCGAUACGGCCUCUCGUCCAGUCCGCUCGGCCUGCACGAGUGGCUCUCGCGCGAGAAUCACGGCUGGGAGAGCAUGCUCGAGGAUCUGCGGGCUUGGGCAGAGGAACGUCGAUUGGACCUCUUUGGCGUUCUGACGUCUUUUGGCACAACAGACGAAGAGCAGAGCAAAGGCCUCGAAAAGCACGCGCGGGAAGUGCUGCUCAUCUCUACCAAAGGACAAGCCGAUAUCGCCUUGGACGCAAUGCAUGAGAGUCCCGACAUGCGGUUCGGUGAAUGGGUCUGGAGCAGCGAGGAGGAUUUCAGGAGCAAGACGAAAGAUCAGCCGAUCCGUGUAUGGCAGCAACUCGAUCUCAAAGCAACGCGAAAGCAGGUCGCGCCAGCACUCAAGCACGUUGUCGAGAACCAGCUCUCAGGACGACGAGCUUAG